UAUUGGUGUUGUUGCCAUGAGUUGAAAUUUAUAUAUCUGUUAGAGGGUCUAAAUGUAAAAUGUACAAAUAAUAUAAGGCAGAUAACAGACAACUGGGCAGCGUAGAGGGGUCCAGAAAAUUCCCCAUUCUUCAGCUUGCUUCCUCUCUGUUCUCCCACUCAAUCCACUCAAAUCUUCAUGUUUUUCGUAUGAGAAUCAAUAUGGUAUCAAAGCGGAUCGAUCCUGCAUGAUCUUCCCCUGAUUCAAUCGAGCGCGGUGCUGUGUUGCGUGAGUUGUUGGGUGGUAGAGCUGUUACGGUCAGGUUGUGCUCGGGGAGCCUCCAUCGCCGCCGGUGUGGUGCUGUGUUGCCGUCCCGUCCAAUUGCAGAGUCUCCUAGGCUCCUAGCGAGGGUUCUAUUCUCUGCUGCAGCUGAGCAAGAAGGAGAGCCGAGAGCUUUGGUCUUGUGCUCAAGCAAAAAAGGUUAGUAUUGCCAAGUUCUACUGUGAAGCUGUUGUGUUGGUCAGCUUGCCGGAUUAAAUAAUACUUUGUGAGUGGUGCACGUGUGUUCCAAUCUGCAUUUUGUUGUGGUGAUCCUUGGCAUAUUGAGCUUUGGCAUAGUUGCAUUCGUGGUGGAUUGCUGAAGUAGAAGACCAUGGGAGAUGGUAGCAAAGAUAAAUCAGGGGACUCGGGCAUGGAGAAGCUGUAUGAACUUUUCAGUAAAUUGUUGGAACAGCAGCAAGUAAAAUCAGUCACUGAGACAAUCAAGUAUGCACUGGAACCAAACCAAGUGAAGUUGUCUGGUCCAGGGAACUAUGUAAGAGGGCACGUCAUGCUCAAUUGAUACUAAGUUCCCAUGGCUAUGAGGACAUGCUUACUGGUGAUGUAGGAAAGCAGAAAAUCAGUGAUGCUCAUACAAAGCAGAAUAAUGACAGAGUAUUAGUAUGGCUGUUGGGAAGCAUGGAACCAACAGUGCGGCAACAAGUUGAGAUAAUGUCAACUGUACCUGAGGUGUGGAAGACUUUGGAGAAUCAGUUUGCUGGGAAAUCAAACAAAAUGCAUGCAAAUCGCAUCCUAGAAGAGCUAACUCACCUGAAGCAAGGCACAAAAUCUGUAACAGAAUAUGCUGGUGAGGUAAAGCUGCUAUAUAGGGAUCUGCAUCACUAUCAUCCUUUUCAGCCUAUUGACAAGCAAGAUUUACCCAUCCAUCAUAAAUGGUUUGAGUCUAUUGUGGCCAAACUCUUUCUCGAUGGAUUGAACAAGGAAUUCAAUCUUCGCCGGCAGCUCAUUUUCUCCCAAACUGAAUGGUCCAGUCUCGAUGAUAUUAUUUCUAGUGUACUUGAGAAAGAAACUCGGUUGGGUCAACCUAAGGAGGAUGAUUUAAAAUCUGUAGAUGAUCGUGCAGCUUUAUCUAUGCAACAUCGUCGUACUCCUGUGUCCUUUGGCAAGAUAGACAAAAGCAAGCUGUUCUGUGAUCAUUUUAAAAGAAAUGGACACAGAAAGGAUGUAUGUUUUGAGCUGCAUGGAUAUCCAUCUUGGUGGGAAAAAGGAAAAACUCGGUCAGGGGGAGUUCAAAGUGUGAAUAGGAGGCAAGCUAACCACACUACGUCUCUACGGGAGCCACCAGUGGUAGAUGCUCGAGCUCUUGAGGAGUUCAACUCCAAGCUUAAACUCUCAGAAAGCUUAUCUUCCUCCCAGGGUACCUCUAAGGCUGAUUCCAGUCUCAUUGCCACAUCUCAUCAAGGUAAGGACAAAGUCCGUGUAGCAGAUGGAUCCAUUGCACCUAUUGCCGGAUGUGGAUCUAUCAGGAGCUAAGGACUGGGAGAAUCUUGGGGAUUGGGACCGAGCAUGAUGGACUCUAUUAUCUUGAUGAUGGAAGUGAUGAAGUGGCUCUUGCAUGUUGCUUGUCUCCCUGUCAAUAGUUACUGUUGCAUCACCGCAGGCUUGGACAUCCUUCUUUUGCUAUCUUAUCCCGUGUUUAUCCUGUUUUAUUUAAGUUAUGUCCUAAAGAGACCCUGGUAUGUGAUGCUUGUGAACUAGCUAAACAUACCAGGGGAUCUUAUCCUAGUAUUGGUCU